UUCAUUGCAUUAAGUAAUCAUAGCCUCAGCAAAUCACACCAACAGAGUGAAUAUGCUUUUACUUCUACAAUUAUAGAUAUAAGCAAUUAUUUGUGCAACCACACUCAUCUCUUUGUAAUAAUCUGUCUGUCUAUAAAUGAACAGCUUUUCAUAUUAAGUCUAUUAUACUACCUUUCAAGUUUCAAUAUAUUAUGGCGUCUUCUUCUUCCACCAAAGUAUCCAUGAAACUUCUUAUCGACACAAAGAAUAACAAAGUUCUCUUUGCCGAAGCUUCAAAACCUGUCAUAGACUUUCUAUUCAACUUGCUAUGCUUACCUAUUGGUACUGUAGUUAAGCUUCUAAGUGCGAAUAACAUGGUUGGUAGCUUAGGAAAUCUGUAUCAGAGCGUUGAAAAUCUGGACCAGAAUUACAUGCAACCAUUUCAAACCAAGGAUGUCCUCUUAAACCCAAAAGCUCAAAGCUCUUCCACUCAAAUCUCAGGCUUCCUUACUCAGAACGAUGUGAAUGAAGACAAAGAUGAAGAAAUAAAGCUGUUCAUGUGUCCAAAUAAGUGUAAGUUUGAGGUGACAAAUGAUAACACAACUCGAUGUACUAGUUCUGUCAAUAUCAACUCUCCGUUUGUGACUCCAGCCUAUUCUUCUUGCUCAAACUUUAUGAGCAGAGAAGUUCAUUAUAUUGGAAAUAAGAAGGUUGCUGAAGAGAAAGGUUUUUCCAAUAUCAAGAGUGGUUUUGUGAAGGAUGUUGUAACUUUUAUGGUGAUGGAUGAUUUGGUGAUUCAACCAAUGUCAACAAUAUCUAGCAUCACACUUUUGAACAAGUUCAAUAUCAAGGAAAUUGGUACCUUGCAAGAAAAGAAUGUUGAACUGGGAAUGGAUGAGGGUAUCAAGUUGCUUAAGGCUUCUCUGCAAUCCAAAACGGUGUUGACAAGUGUUUACCUGGAACAAUGAUUUAAGAAUCUUCAAAGUGUUAAGAAGGAAGGAACAAUGAUUUGAGGGAUUUUUGUUUUGUUUUUCCUAGUGCUUAAUAAUUUGCAUGCAAUGUUUUCUUUCUACUUUGUGAGCUGAAUGAAUGAUCCAGUCUAUGAACAAUGUCAUCCUUAUUUUCCUUUUGCAUUGUAGGAGUACACAAUUCCUACUUCGAAAAAGUAAAUAACUUUUGAACUGUUUAUUGUAAGAAAAGUCAUUUUACAAGCUGGUAGCAAAUCAUGCACGCGUGUGGCCCACCCGUCAAUCAUCUCUUCUCUUAUCCACAAAAUUAAAUCCUUUUGCUAACAAAACAUCUACAACGUUCCAUACAACACUUAAUUAUAGCUAGUGAUAUAUUAUCCAAUUCAUUCAUGCCACGUCUCAAUUUUAUCCUUAACCUUAUAUGUUAUAUAGUCGGUGUUUUUUAUCAUAUUUUAAUAGCAACUUUAAUGGAGGUGAAGUAAAAGUGGUGUGCUAUUUUUACAACUUUUUGCAUACACCAUGUACUAUUACACCGUAUAUAAUACUCCCCCGUCUUCUCAUAAGUGUCUCAUUUCUAUUUUUUUAAUGUCUCAAAAUAAAUGUCUGUUUUGAAUUCCAAUACAACAAUUAUUAUUUUUUUUCACUAUUAUACCUCUAUUUAUUAACUUUUACGUUUUUCAACUACACCACAACCUAUAAUAAAUAAGGGUAUU